AUGGCAGAGUAUGAUGACCAGCAUAGCAGAAUUUCUGAAUCUGUGUUUUUGGGCGUGCUCUGGGCUCUCACUGGCGUAUCGCUUAUAUUCGUUGCGUUCCGCAUCUACGCUCAAGUUGCCUCAUUCCGUCGACUAUUCCUAGAUGACUUCCUCGUUGUCUUUGCAUGGAUCAUCAUGCUCACAGCGGCUGUCAUUUGGCAAGUCGAAGGGAAGAUUCUUUACGAGUUAUACGCUAUCAGUGCCGGCACGAAGCCAUUCACUCUCGAAUUCCUCCCGAGAUACAACGAAUUCAUGCGAUUUAAUGCUCCGUUCGAGAUAUUGUUUUAUUCAGCGCUGUGGUGUGUCAAAUUCUCAUUUAUGGCACUCUUCUACCGUAUCAGCGCCAAGGUCAAGCCUCUCCGCAUUUGGUGGUUUGUCGUUCUUUUCUGCACGGCCAGUGUCUACAUUGCAUCGGUGGGCGAUAUCGAAUACAAAUGUAGUCUUGGCGGGAUAGAAUAUAUUAUCACUCAAUGCCCCCAACCACAUCACGUUCAUUAUGAAAACCGCAUGUUCUGGGCCAACUGUGCUGGCGAUGUUAUCACGGACUUGAUGAUCCUGUCUAUUCCGUUCCUUGUGCUAUGGAGAACAAAAAUCUCUCUCCGCAAAAAGCUCAUCCUACUUAGUAUUUUCUCCGCUACUAUCUUCAUCAUGAUAGUCGCUAUCAUCCGGGUAGCCGUUGGGAUGACCUAUGACCGCCAGAUCAAUAUUGACUGGCUGUGCUUUUGGAGCUUUGUUGAGGUGGAUGUCGCGAUCAUUGUCUCCUGUGUUGCUUCUCUCCGACAACUCUUCGUCGCCUCCCAGAACCAGAGCUCAUCUGCAAGGGCCGCGUACCAUAAUACAACCGAUCCCAUUUUGAAACAGUCAAAAGAAAAGUCUAGCCAAGUUGUGCCUGGGUCUGCCGGGGAUAUCGAGUCGUCCAUAAACGACGAGGUGCCCAUGUCGCCGUUGAGCAUUGUGCACGUUCGUAAAGAUUUUGAAGUGACUCGCAUUGACGCAGGCCAGUCUGCCCAUGGCGAUAAGGAGGGCAAAAGCCAGAGUGGCUUUGACUAG